CAGAUUGACUGGUGGGGGGAUAUUCAUAAUCUUUAAGUUUGGUUUGUAUCUUCAGAAAGGUAGGGGGCAAGAAUCUGAAUAGGAGAUUGUGUUUGGAGGCACAUAAUUUACGAGUUCGAUUACAUUAUUCGAUUUCAUUAAAUGUUGGGAAAGUGAUAAAAAGAACCUUGGAAGUGGGGAGAAAGUAAAAAAAAAAAAUCCCUAAGAGAAGAGGCAGAAAUUUGACAAGCGCUGCUGAUAGCGGAUAUGAUAAAAUAUCAGUUUUUAAAAUAGAAUAAAUGUCGUAUAAGUGCGCGUGCAUAUGCAGAAUAAGUACAAGAUAUUUUACGUUUUAUGAACAUACGUGUACACGCGCGUGCGCGUUGCGAGGUACAAAUACGUAAAAUUUCGCUGUCGAACGGUGAUCGUAUUGUGAAAAAUCCGUGUGGAGUAGCGAAAACAAAUAACUCGUGUCCGCCAUCUUGUGCCUCUCCAGCUGCGUUGAAAAAAAAGGAAGUGUGUGUGCGUGUGAGAGAGAGAGAGAAAGAGCGAGUGAGAGCGAGAGAGAGAGAGCGAGAAGGAAAGAAAGAAUUCCGGGGAGAAACGACGCGUGUGAUUUUUAUUCGGUGAAGAAGAAACAAAAAGGUUUAAGCAAAGGUGACCAACGGUCACCGAAUGUGGUCAAAGUCGCAAAAAACACGAAUAGGGAGGACUGUUGGAGAAUUCAAAGUAAGCGAGGCAAGGUAGCAUUGCGCUCAGAAGGAGGUUCGUAGGUUACCCCACCAAGUUUAUUCCUCCGUGUUCCCCCCUACCCUUUUGCCCUGGAUCCCGAGAUUAUUGCGCAGUUAGAAAAUUCAUUGAAUACAAACACCGCCGAAAACCUGGUUGCAUCUUUGAAAAGUGGCCCGCGCACAUCGUACGAUGGGUCGGUUGACUUUGUGAAUGAUUGGAAAGACGAAAGUAUUAUCAAGAAACCAUGACGAAUUCGGUACCGAAAUUGAAGAAUAAAGUAGAUCGGCAGGGUUCGCCGAAUGUCGGCGUAGAACGAUAUCAUCACCGUUCGAGUGCAAUCAAAUCGUCGACGUUUUUCUAUAAUGGUGGAAGAUCUCAUGGUAAAAGUUCAACCGGCAGAUUAAGCUGUAGCCCGCACAAUUCGUCAAAGGGCGCGAGAAAUUCGCCGUUGCGCUGCGAUUCGCCGUUGCGUUACUCGCGCGGGAGUCCUACAAACAGUUUCUAUGCGGGUGCAAAGUUUUCCGAACCGCCGUCUCCUGCGAGCCUUCCGAAACCACCGAGCCAUUGGACUACGAGACUGAUGGGCAGUUGUCAACAAUCCGACAGGAGUUGCGAUAUUUCAAAUCAUCUGAAGAUGAUAUUAAACGUCCAAGCCUGAUACCUAAAGACCAACAAACCGACACAAACGGUAACCAGCUCCUAAAAAGCAAAGAGACAAGGUACGAUAUUAUCGUUUCCACCCCUCAUUCUUGGAUUUGAGGAUGUAUUUUUUCUCUUGUACGCGAUGUCAAGCUGUUCGUUUGAAAA